AUGGAAGAGGGAAGACGGCUGCUCAGCCCCUGGGAAACCCAGGCGGCGGAGGGUUCCGUCUACGAGAUCUGCGGGAAUGAGUGCUGCCUCUCCACGGGGGACCUGGUCAAGGUCACCCAGGUUCGUCUCCAGAAGGUUGUCUGUGAGAACCCGAGCACGGGCCAGACCAUAGAGCUGGACCCCAACUUCAAGGGCCUCUUCAGCCCCCUCACCGGCCCCCAGAGCUAUGGAACCCUGGAGGAAAUGAUCUCUGCUAUCAACCAGAGCUCCAAGCAGCUGCCCAUCUGGUUCAUGUCGACCCACAGAAUUGACACGAAGGCCGUGGUGGUGCCUGAGGAGCAGCCCCUCAUGCUGGAGUCUGUGGAAAUGUACCUCGGGGUCUGCUCCGCCCGCUGCGUGCUGGGCACGGAGGCCCAGGUGACGGUGCUGCACCUGCCCCUGUCCACCAAGGGGCCCUUCUGGGAACUGGAGACUGGGGCCCCGCAAACCCUGCUGCAGGCCCUGGCCCUGAGGGACCGCCAGCUCACCUGCCCUGCCUUCCCCUGGCGCUCCUUGAUCCUGAGGCCCCAGUAUGAGAUCCUAGCCAUCAUGCACAUGCGCAGGACCAUCGUCAACAUCCCUUCCACCCUGGAGGUCGACGUGGAGGAUGUCACUGCCUCCUCUGAACACUUCCACUUCAUCCAACCGCUGCUGCUCAGUGAGGUCCUGGCCCGGGGCGGCCCCUUCCCCCUGAACACAGAGAUCCUGGAAGUUCCAGACGGGCCCCCCAUCUUCCUCAGCCCUUGGGUGGGCUCCUUGCGGAAAGGCCAGAGGCUCUGCAUCUAUGGCCUGGCUUCGCCACCCUGGCGGGUCCUAGCCUCAUCCAAGGGCCGAAAGAUGCCCAGAUACUUCCUGGUCUCUGGGGCCUACCAGGGUAAACUGCGGCGACGGCCAAGAGAGUUCUCCACGGCCUAUGACAUCCUGAGCGCUCUCCAGCCCGGCCAGCCACUGCGGGUGGUGGCCAUGCAGGACUGUGAGGGGGAUGAGAUGGAGAUCCCUGGGUUCACUUCCCUGACCAUGGGAGACAGGUUGGAGGUAGUGGGGUCUGGUCAGGCGCACGACACUCAGGGCAGGGACGUAGACAUCUUGGUAUGUCAUCAGCUCAGUGACCAGGCCGAGGAGGAGGAGUGUGAAGAGGAGGCAGAGGACCAAGAACAGAUUCUGCUGCCCCUCUACUUCUCCGGCGGCUUCGUGGAGGAGAUGAGUGAUAGCCGGCGAUACAGCCUGGCAGAUCUGACUGCCCAGUUCCCACUGCCCUGUGAGGUCAAGGUGGUGACCAAGGACACCAGCCACCCUGCUGACCCUCUGUCCGCCUUCCCGGGCCUGCGGCUGGAGGAGAAGAUCAUGGAACCCUUCUUGGUGGUCAGCCUGGACUCUGAGCCUGGAGUGUCCUUCGAGAUUCCUCCCCGGUGGCUGGACCUGACUGUUGUGGAGGACGAGCAGCAGCCAGGCCAGCCAGCUGGGUCUCUCCCCAGAGCCACAGUGGAGGAGCUGACAGAUGUCUUCUAUUAUCACCUGCGGAAGUUACCUGCCUUUGAGAGCCAAUCCCCCCCACCCAGGCCCCCGAAGCGCCAGAACCUCAGUGGGCAGAAGAAACAGAGCAGCCAGGAGAGAAGCAUCAAGUCUUCUAAAGCCCCAGUACAGCAGCCGCCCCCUCUGUUGGCCAAACACAAUACGAAAACCCUGCCAGCGGUCACAGAUACCUACAGCAAGGUCUCUGCCAGUAGGAAGGGCCGGAAGCCCAUGAAGUCCAACAUUCUGGAUCCAGAUGAUGAUGAACACGAUUACGAAGAGGUAUGUGAGCACUUUCGGAAAACCCUCUAGAUGCUGGAGGAACCAUGCUUCCUGACUGCUGCUUCUCAGGGAAUCCGGGAUCCCAGCCAAUGCUACACGCCGUUAGAAGACCUUGGACAAUCUCACAGAAACCGAACUGCGGACAGGGAAUGGCUUUGUGGGACGGAUCAGAAAUGGGAUGAACACAGGCCCAGCUUCCCUCCGGUUCUGUCUCUGCCCCUGAGGGCUGGCUUGUUUGGGCCCAGACCCUACACUUGACUCAGUGAUGGUGUCCAGAAGAGCCAACUCGUUCCUACUCCAUCGUCCCCUACACCAGCUGUCCCACUGGUCAGUAAGAAAGGAAUCAAAACUGCCAACUUCGGUGAUGGCAGCACAGUGACUUCUGCCUCUUGGUAAAGGGGGACUCAAUCCUGAUCACACUGAACUGAGAGCCCUUUAUGUUUGCCACCUCCCUGGCCCCCUUCCUGCUCCACUCUUCCUCCCUCUCCCCUGCCAAGGCUCUAAGCUCCUGGGAUUCCAGGACUGUCUUCCUCCUCUCUGCAGCUCCUAGCACAUGACAGCUGUACAUGACUACCCAAGAUUAUUUCACUCAAGUACCAUAAAAUAAAAAGGACACCUGAGCUCCUGGGAAAAUGACAAAGACAUCACUUAUUCUGUGUGGCAGAUCCUUUACAAACCUAUUUAAAUCCUCCAGUUUCUGAGGUAGACAAUAAUAGCCUGGUUUUCAAGAUCAGGAAACACGCUUGGGUGAUCAAGUGGUUCAGGAGGCAAACUGGUCAUGAACCUGGGUCAGGAUGCCAGCUCACCACCUAUCAGCUAUGACUGUGAGCAAGUUAUUUUAACGUAAGAUUUAGUUUCUUCACAUGUAAAAUGAAACUAAGUUACCUACCUCACAGGAUUGUUUUAAGAAUCAAAUCAGAUAACUUUGUAAAGCAUUUAACACAGUGCUUGGGACACAAUAAACACUUGAUAAACAUGUUAUCAGUACUACUGACCAAUACCAAACCUAUAUUCUUCCCACACGUCCACAUUAUCGCCUAGCCAUGGAAUCAUCUGUUUAACUCAGCUUCCAAGGUCAUUUUAGGCCUGUUCAGUGAGGGAAGACCAUAGGCCUCGUUUCCUGAAGUGGUGGGACUUUGGUUUCCUAGAACUAACCACCAUGGUCAGCAGAGGACAGGAGGCAGACAAAAAGGUGAUCUAAGUGUCCUCUUGAGGUGAGGGCCAAAUUUCCAAUUCCUGGAUUCUAGGAACUACACCUGAGUUUGUCAUCCUUUUGCUUGCUAUCAUCCCUCUGGGCUGUCUGGACCUACUGCACUUCCCAGGCCUUCUGGCCUUCCCACCACUGCAUGGAUUUUUCCAGGUGAAGUAUCUAGCACCCCAUCCUCAUCUCCCCCCACGCGGUUCGCAUGCCCUCCUCCAGAAAGAUAAUCUAAACUGCAGAGGAGGACCCUGAGGAAGAGUAUUCUGGACAAGCAAUAAGCAAUAAAGUGAGAAAGUUCCUCCCUAACACAGAGCCCCUAGGGGCCAAGCCCACAUGCAAAACACCAAUAGUUUUCACUUUGCAUUUAC